AUGGCUAAGAGCAGCACGGAAUUUCGAUUCAUAUUUUAUGCCGGCUCUAUUUUUACAUGUUACUUUAUUUAUGGAAUGCUUCAAGAAAAAGUAACUAGAGGAGUAUAUGGUAAUAAUGAGAAAUUUACGGCCACCUUAUCAUUAGUUCUUGUACAAUGUACAGUGAAUUACAUCUUUGCUCAAAUUUUAAUGUUAUCUUGGAAACAUGAAAAAGACAAUACCAAGAAAAUUUACUACUUCUCUUCUGCUCUAACGUAUCUCUUGGGUAUGGUCUGCUCUAACAUGGCGUUGCAAUGGGUCAACUACCCUACUCAGGUUGUGGGAAAAGCGGCAAAACCCAUCCCAGUCCUGAUGCUCGGUGUCCUUCUUGGUCGCAAGUCAUAUCCUCUGAAGAAAUACCUGUUUGUAUUUCUUAUUGUUAUUGGUGUUGUGCUAUUCAUGUACAAAGACCAAAAGAAAGUAACUGAUGAAACACCAGGCAUCGGAAUUGGAGAACUGCUCUUGAUAUUGUCACUUCUCAUGGAUGGCCUGACAGGUGCUGUGCAGGAACGGAUUAAAAGCGAACAUUCUCCAACUGCGUACGCAAUGAUGUUGAACACGAACUGGUGGUCUACUAUAAUUCUAACGAUCGGCGUGGUAUUGAGCGGUGAAAUAUUCCAGUUUAUCCGUUUCGUGUCUGUGUACCCCGAAGUCAUCGUAUUUAUCAUCAGCUUGGCUCUAAUGGGAGCUCUAGGCCAACUGUUUAUAUUUUAUAUGGUUUCGGAAUUCGGUCCACUGCCAUGCUCGGUGGUGACGACCACUAGGAAAUUUUUCACUGUCCUAGCAUCGGUUAUAUUCUUUGGCAACGUUCUUAUACUGCGUCAAUUUAUCGGAGCUGCUCUUGUGUUUUCUGGUUUGUUCUUGGAUAUCUUCUACAGCAAAGGAAAGGGUCAAACACCCAAGCGGGCUAUAGACAAAUGAUAUAACAAAGAAUUUGUUUAAAUAAUUAGCCAAAUAAUAUGGUAAAUACAAAAAGAUAUGUUGUCUAUUAACUAAUUAAUUUUUUCCAAUAUAAAUGUAAGUACAUGUCGUUUGAAUUAUGCCUUAAUAGAACCGCGAAACUAAGAGAUUUCGCUAAACGGAUACCACGUAAUAAAAUAUGAUCUCCUGUGACAAUCUUUAUUUAUUCAAAUCAAAAAAUAUUUGCCGGAGACAUCUUUUUAAAAAAAAAUUUUUCGUAUGCGUUGUUCACCUGUAUUUGUUAAUAGAUUAAGCAAAAUUAUUUUUUACAUUUUGUACAAUAAUAUAAUAAUAUGUAAGUGUAGCUUUUUAUAUUGUGUAUUUAGACACUUCAUUUCUAUUAAAAUGACGAGACAGUUUACAUUGUUUUACGAUAGUUUGACUGAUAAUGAAUUUGAAUACAGAGAAAAUUAUAUUGUGUGAUUUUUAAUUCCAAUCGUAAAUCUUAAGUUUUGACAUAGUUUUUAACCAAUAGUUAAUUAUACAAUAAUCGGAUAUACCAUAUCUGUUUAGAUCAAUAAAAAAUACGUUACUGUUGGCAGUAACAAAACAUUUUUUUUUAAAGAAAAUAAAAACAGCUCUCUCAAAUCAUAAAAUCGAAAACAAUGAAGUUUUUUUUUAUUAUUUAGUCCCGAUCGUUCUAGGUGAGCCUAAAGUUCAAUUAUUGGUGGCCUAAAAUAAGUAUACUAUAGGAAUAUAUAUAAUAUAUACUAUAGGAAUAUACUAUAUAAAUUGGUAUGCAUUGAAAAACCACGCUUUGUAAAUUCUGUUCGAUAAGACAAACGUAAUGGAUACUACUAAACUUGAUGAGUUUGUCAGUAGCAAAAUGCUUCGUUUCUCGUUCAGGGCUACAUCAGUCAGAUGGUAUGUAGUAGGUACAUUAGUGUUGUGUCAUCAGUUACAAAGACUCAUGAUACACUAAUUAGAACUCGUUGAAAUUUAAAUCGAGACGUUGAAUUGCCUGCAAACGUCCUCUAAAUGCAUACAUACAGGUAAAAAAAAAAAAAAAACAUGGACGGAUCUUUUGUACUUAUCAUCGUGAUUUUGCCUCAUUCUAUCUUUUCAAAUAUAUAAGUUUAUCAAAACGCAAACUGCCGAACCGUUUCCUUAAAAUCAAUACUAACAUUUAAUUUCAAUAUAAUAGUAAUUGUGUUGCGUCGCGUAAAAUGCCACAUCUACCUUGUACGGCGAUCUGUGUGCUGAAUGACUGAAAUCGAUAAUUACCGGGCUUGCGGCAGAGAAGAACGGGGACACAAUGAGAGCAUAAAUUCAAUGUAAUUUUUGUAACAACAAUGCAUUACAAAAUCAUAUCUACUUUAAACCGUCAAAUAGUAUGUGCAAAUCAUUGUUUACGUUCGUCAAAAUAGUACAUACAUACUUUCGAACGGUUUACGCGCUUACAAAAUAUCACAACGAUUGUUUUGAUCCUUAGCCGUGAACGUGGUAGUGGUAGGAAUCAAUUUCUAUUGAUAAUAAAUAAAUCUGACAAAAUCCGUAAUCGAAGCAAUUACAGUAAUUGCUUAUUCUUAUCUUUUAUUGUUUUCUUAUAGCUCACCUGGCCUAAAGUAAAGUGAUUAUCGGAGCCCAUAGACCUCAACGGGAAUGGCGCCACCCACCUCGAGAAAUGAGGUCGUAGUCUUCAUUGUAUUACAUAACGUCAACUGCAUUCAUUAAAUCGUAACGCAUAACUGCUUGAAGGUAGGAAUUGGCAGGAUAGUGACUGCCAUUCACGCGGGCUCACAAUACGCCAUAUCACGUGGGAAUGCCGGGUGACGAUCGCAAUAUGAUGAUAUAAAUACUAAGACAAGGGUGUUACCCACUUUUCAUUGAGAUCUCAGGUCUCCUUGGGAAGCGCUCGGACAGAUGUUAGCAAAACCCGCCCCUCCUGCCUGAGCCUCACUCUACCUGUCCUGGAGAAACUGGAAAGGCCUCCGGGCUCUAAGUAAUCCUUCUUUCCUAAAAAAAAAACACCGUUUUCCGGAGAAUUCCUUAGUCGCCUUUUACGAUUCUCACGCGAAGAGUGAGGGUGGUGUUAGUUUAAGCCAAAUAUGUCUCAAAAAUAAGAAUAAUUUCUGACACAACUUGCAGAUCAUGCCAAAUUCAAAGAGAUUGAAUAAAUAUCAACACGUAUAGUAUAUAUAAUUUUAUUUUAAGGGUGAAUAAUAUAUUUUUUUCAAACUACGGGUGUUGCAGGAAUAGUUAUUUCCACGGAAAUCAAUUCAGAAAUGAGUGACAAUUAUCCAUAACACAAUUUACCUGCAAUUUGUGUUUUCAGCAUUUAAAUUUUUGCAAUUGUCGCCACUUUUAAUAGUGCGUUUCCAUUGUUUCGGUUUUUCUACAUUAUAUUAGUAUUUUACAUUAUAUUAUUCUUUAUUGAAAUAAUUAACUCUUAACUAGAUACGCACCAAUACAAAUGCGGCGUCGCUUCGAGAUAUCUUGCAGAUCCACUCCCUCUUUAUAUUAGAAACUCGUCUUUAGUGCAUCGCUUCUUGGUGUCACAUAUAAUAAAAACAUUUGGAUAAGUAAAAACUUAAUAAAGUACAAUAAUAACAACAGAGAAAUUUUAAAAUGUGAUAUUUUUAUUUACAUAUUCAUUAAGGUCCUUGUAAUUUGUUCUUCAUACAAUCUUUUCUGUAUCCUGAGAGAAAGAAUAUAUAGAAUCAAUAAAUAGACACCCGUUGGACUGGAUAUUUUUUCUAGUUUCAAUCUAAAUGACAUGUAUUUUCGGCCCAUAAAAUUUAAAGCCAACACCAUAACGCCAUUUCCGGUUUUCAACGGGGAGUGGGCGAGAGUGAUGAAAGUAGGUCAGUCAAUUAAUAAAAUGAGCUAGAAUAAAUAACGGCAAAAUUACUAUUUAUCGAUAUUCCAGUAUUCGAGACGAACAUUGAGCAAAGUAAAUUUUAACAAAAUAAAUAAUAAAGACUCAACCUCAGCAUAUUGACGUGACAACGUCUUAUAAUUCGAUGGAGCCGGCUGCACGCACGAAAAAACAUGACUCAUGCGGCGUUACCUCGCUCUGAAGCGUUCCAUUUACGGCUUGAAGUGCAAGCGAGAGCGCGCAACGAACGACAAAGAAGCACAAUCGCCCUCCGCGUUCGGCAGCGUUCGACAUA